AAGAGUGUGACCGACUGACCUCACGCCUAGCUGUCCAACAUCCGCACCAGCACUUGCGUAUUCCUGUACCGACUUUCCGCUCCUUGCACAAUCUUGGAGCUCAUUGAAAACACUUCCUACAUAACGUAGUCGCUCUGCCUGAUUUUCCUCCUUCUCCAUAAUCACAACCUCCCAGCCUCGCUGCCAUCGAGAUUUCAGAACGAAAAAGAAACACAGUCGGCACAACUUCUUUACUGCUUCACCAGGACAAUUCCCAAACCCCCUCCCCAAUUCAACAACUAUUGCAGUCAUGUCGAAGCGGAGCAGCAGCGCAGUUACGAACGGUAGUCCGAUUAAGGAUGCCACCAACAGUUUCGCCGAGCCUGCCCACGACAAGCAGAAGCUUCUUCUCUCCGCCGAUACUGGCCACUUUUCCUUGAUCCGCGCCCUCCAUCUCGCCGAUGCGAUUACUCUCUGCAAUGGAGCCUGUGGUGUCAUGUCGAUUUUCACUUCUCUUCGCUAUUGCCUUGGCGACCCUUCGUCCUACAGCACGCUGUACCUCGCCCUCUUCUUCCUGCCGUUUGGCCUGUUUUUCGACUUCAUGGAUGGCAAAGUUGCGCGGUGGAGAAAGAAGAGCAGCAUGAUGGGCCAGGAGCUGGAUUCGUUGGCCGACUUGAUUUCUUUCGGCGUUGCCCCCGCCUCUGUGGCAUUCGCCCUCGGCCUGCGUACCCCCAUCGACCACGUUUGCCUGACCUUCUUCGUUCUGUGCGGUCUCACUCGCCUCGCUCGCUUCAACGUUACGGUCUCGGCUCUUCCCAAGGAUGCUACUGGCAAAAGCAAAUACUUUGAGGGAACACCGAUUCCCACUAGUCUUGGUCUCGAUGCCGUCAUGGCUUACUUCAUCUCCCAACGGUGGAUUCUUCAGGACCUUCCUCUGGGAACAUGGUUCACAGGCUCCGCCUUGGAGUUCCACCCUAUUGCUCUUGUCUUUGUGGUGCACGGAUGCCUUAUGACCAGCAAGAGCAUCCAUAUUCCUAAGCCUUGAGUUUUCUUCCUUCUCCAAGUCACACAGGUCUUGGUUCAGAGAUUGUUCUCGAUCAUCUGAGAGUUGGAUACAGACAUAAGAUGCCCCGAGAACAGCACAGGCGGUAGUAGAAGGUGGCUAGCAGCGCAAAGCAGACUUAGGUAGGGAAGUGUGCAGGCUACCACUCUUGAGGGGCUCAGGGGACGACGACAAAGAUGCGAACCGGGAUAAAGUCAGUUGCAAUGUCAGCCCAACGCAGAGAGAUAUACACUUCUUAGCGCAGACACACGCAAAACAUGCAUGAUACCCCAUUCUCACAUCGUUUCGUCGUUUCAUAUUUAUAAGGUUAGAAAUAUGCAUCAUCAAGUCUUCCAUUUUUCAC